CCACUUUUCACUAUGACCACAUCCGUCCCUGGAAAAAAAGGCCCAGCUAACUCUCAUGACCACACUGCCACAGCACAGCCACAAGGACACGAUGGAGCUCUUGGAGGAGGACCUCACAUGCCCGAUAUGCUGUUGUCUCUUCGAGGACCCGCGCGUUCUUCCGUGCUCACACAGCUUCUGCAAGAAGUGUCUCGAGGGCAUCCUGGACGGUAACCGGAGUCCUGUUUGGAGACCACCGUUCAAAUGUCCGACCUGUCGAAAGGAGACGGUGCACAACGGCAUCGCGAGCCUGCAGGUUAAUUACUCCCUGCGUGGCAUCGUGGAGAAGUACAACAGGAUUCGAGUGCUACCGAGGAUGUCUCUCUGUCGAGCUCACAGUGGACAACCGCUCAACAUCUUCUGCGCCACGGAUCUGAAACUCAUCUGUGGCUUUUGCGCCACGACAGGUGAUCAUAAAGGACACAAGUUUUGCGCGCUGGAAGAGGCGUACGAACGCGAGAAAGCUGCGUUUGAGGAGUUGUUUCGAGUCGUGGAAGGCUGGAGGGGUGCGGAGGUGCAUUCGUGCUUGGAAUCGUUGGAGAGCGCGAAGAAGAAAUCGCUGGAGAGGGUCUCUCGGGACGCGGAUCGAGUUUCAGAAUACUUUGACAAACUCCUGCGCGCGUUGGAGCACAAACGGAGCGAAAUCCUCUCUGAUUUCGAGACUCUGAAGCUCGCGGUCAUGCAGACCUUUGACCCCGAGAUCAACCAGCUGCGCUCAGCGCUGGAGGAACAGCGGCGCGCUCUCAACGUCGCCGAAUCCUUCCGUUCUCUCUCCGAUCCGCUAACUUUCCUGCAACAGAUGCAGGACUUCAGAGAAAAUCUGCGCGUCCUUCGGGGAACGCCACUGCCGUCACGGACAGACGUGGACGUGGAUCUACUUGGCUUGCAGAGCUUCGAUGUGAAGGAAUGGGACCGGUUCCGUCUCGGAGAGGUGGACAAACUGUGCGCCCCCUACGAGAGCAACGCUUACCUGGCACCGACGCCCCCCGCUGCGCCACGCUUCUCCCGUAUGAUGUGGAGAGUUAUUCUAGUUGUAUGUGCGUGUCUCCCUGCGCUGAACUUUCUCCCUUCAGACUGUCUUUCUCUGAGCUUCCACGAGAAGGUGAUAGCACUCGGUGGUGGCUUUUCUCUGCCCGGUCCAGGAGAAAUUCUGCGCUGGCUCGGGAUCUGCUGGAAAGAAGCGGCAGCACUCUGCACACUUCUAACCGAGCUUUGCCGGAACUGUAUCUUGGAAAUGAUAAACACCACAUCAGAUUUCAUCAGCUGAUUCUAGAACUCCAUCCAUUAGGUACUUUUUUAAGUACUACAGUAUGUGAACCUACUGUAAAUACCGCAGAUUUGUACCAUUGGGAAAUGUUCUUUUUUGUUUCUAUUUUGUUGUUGUUGAAUAUGUGCCAAUAAUAGCCAUUUCAUAUAGUGUACCCUCCGCAUUUGUGUGCAGAAACGUGCCACAGAGGUGUGAUGUGUGCUAUUAAACUACACUGGCUUUGUCUGUUGAUUUCAGUAAAUGGAAAAACAAUGGGUUAACAUCUCCAAAUCCUAAAAUUAAUAAAAUGCCUUUUUUUUUUUACUGAGCAAACUGAUCCCUUUCACUGUUGAUUACAUUAUUCUUAUUGUACCUGCCGUUUUGGAAACACCAGCAAAGUUUUCUAAAAGACAAAUAAGACGUUUAAGAUGCGAGGAACACUGAUUCCGAUUAUGCAAUGGCAUCUUAAGUCAAGGUUAAACGUUACAUAUCUGAAUUUCAGUUGUAAUUUAUUCAAAAAGUAUACGAACUUUCAUCGUGCUUCUUUUAACAAAGAAAUGUUGUAAUAGCCUCUUGACCCCGAGACAUAAAGUCUUAAUGUAUGUCUUGGUAAAACUACAUUGGCUUAUGGAAUGGAUUGGGGGAGGGUAGUUACAUUAUAUGCAAUUAAUUACUUUAGCAAAUUAUUCAACCUCAUCAACGCUUUUUUUAUUUUUUUAUUUUAUGUUUACCAUUUUACCCACAUGAGAGCUGCAAGACUGACACGAAGUAGGGACUGAUUUGAGUGCAGAGAAAAAACAAAUAGGAAUCCCAGUUUUUACCCACUGUUUAAAUAUUGUAUUCUCAGAGAGAUUCUCCAAUGACUCUUGUCUAUUAUGACCUCAUCGCUGCAUCCCUGCGCACGUCACUGCACAUAUAUUUAGCCGACUGUUGCCAGGCGAAUUGAGGGAUGAAAAGUGAAAUUGCCUACUUUAACCUACUUUACAAAAGUAAAUCUUACAUAACUUAGAGUAAAUUGAAAAACCGAAUUUAUUCAUAUCUAUAACAUUCUGAUGCCUGCAGAAUGUAAUGCCGAGAAAUAGGAAGCUCCCACUGAAAUGGCGCCAAUAUGUGUUAUGUAAUCCAUAAUCUUCGAUUUAAAAAAACAAACAAAUGUAACAUUAUCUCUCUAUAAUAAUGAGACUGUUUUCACUCUAAAAUAUAUCGAUUUUAUACCAAUAACAUAAAUGUUAUUUUGAAGAAGAAAAGUCAGUGACUUAAACACAGGUGCAAUUUCUUUAUUUUUAACUCGAAGUAUUUCUGUGAUUUAUUGACCAAUGAUUCAAGUUGUCUUUCAUUUUUGGUUUUGCAUUAUGUUUCGUCUCUUCAUGGAACUGACAGUUGCAUGGAACUUCAAUCCAGUGUUUUCUCCUUUUCCUAAAAAAGUUUACAAUCUCAUAAUAUAUGCCACUAAAGAAAUGUAGAUAUCUCUUUAUAUAUAGGCUAUCUAUUUGCUUCUAGAACUAUGCUAAAAUCUUUUUGCAUUUUUUUAAUCAAAAUAAAUAACAUUGCAUAGUCGACAACGACUUAUUUAAAGCAUAAAGGGCUCUCUGUGUGUCCUAUUAAAAAGGUGAUCAUGGGUUUUCUUUUUUGUUUUUCUUUCUUGCAGACACUGAAGAAGAAAAGUCUUUGCACAUUAUAUAUUCAGCUCAGCUAUAAAAAAUAAAUAAAUAAAUAAAAAUGAUGGUAAUGCAAAGUCGCCAGAUAUAUGAGUUAAUAUUGUUACUAUUUAAAUUUCAAUUUUAAAACCCUUACAGAAGGCAUUGCAUGAUGAUAAAUGGUGCAGCUAAGCAUCAGCACUUAGGUUAUAAUUGUCAAUGUUACAAAACUCUAUACAGCUUAAAAUUCUUAU